GGCUCAGUUAUAAAUAUAACUUCUACUGGUACUGGUACAUCGAGAUAUCUUCAAAUUUGAAGAAAGGUUGUGACGUAAUAAACACACACUUCAAUGUGCUAACUGAAAUUGCCGAGGUGUAAAAGACAGGUGUCAACGAGCCCCUGCCUGCUUAAUUUGGAAUGUUCACGCCAAGCUAAUUGCAGGACCCGCUAAGUUAAUGAUUCUAAUGAUUCUCAAUCAAGCAAUUUCAUGGCAUGACGCUAACCAGGGUGCAGUUUUCUUCAUGGCUCCCGUGAAACGACGGUCCACAAUAGCUGAAUGAAUAAGCUGAAACAAGGGCUCCUUUAUGACAAAUAGCGUAAGCCUCGUCACUUAUAGUUUCCAAAAGAAUGCUGGAUAUAACGGACAUUUCGACGGACCCGGGGAAGAAAGAGAAACAAAAAUUUUAAAGCAGCGUCCGAGAAAUACGAGCGGAGUAAGGCUGAUGAUAAUGAGCAACGGUCUUAGAUUAUAUUAACACGCAUCAUAACUUCACUAGGUGUAAUAAUAUCCAAGCGGAAAUACAUAUCAAUGAGGUUUCAGGAUGGCGCCGCUGCAUGUAUGAAGGAAAUGCUAGUUGUCGGUGUGGCAUUUUUGUUUUAACUAUGAACUGUAGAUAGGUCAAUGCAUUGGACGAGCAAAAUGGUGGAGCGUGUGAAACAACAGACAAGUUCACCAUGUUAAAACAACUGACCAGACUUCAACGAUGGAAAUAUGGUCGUCUUCUGCUUCUCGUCAUUUGCUUUAUCUUAUCAGGGAAUUUAUUAUUCCGAGGACUUACAUAUCAAGGCAUACCUUCAACGACGAUCCAGAAAGAGGGCGGUAUCAGAAAGGAAAGCCGCCUGAUAGAGAGCGGGUCACAUGACACGGGCCUAGUCGAUGAUGGCGAAUUCGCGCAUGCCCAGACGCUUGCCGGUGCUGUUUUCAAACAACACGCAAUGUCGGACGAACUACUUACAAAAGUCGUCGUUUCUGUACCUCAUUCCUUUUCUCCCACAACAGAACAAACUGUCGCCAAAAUGUUCUCCGACGACCUCAACGAAAACAUAUAUCACGGAAUCGCCCCGGCAAUCACGUGGGCGGACGACGAGAUUAUCGUGGUGCAACGUCUGUGGCUGGUGCAAUUUGAACACAGCGUGUACUACAAAACGGAGAAGCAACUGCGGAACACGUGGCACGAAAGUUAUUUCUACACCCAGAAAUUCAACAAAAACUACGAACCAACGACUAAAGGGGAGUUGAUGGGUAUCCCCGUCCCGUCUAACUCUCAGUUUGAUUACCGCUCCGACGGACCCAUGGACCCACGGCUGAUAUGGGUGAACGGGACACUAUACGUCAGCUUCCACAUCUGGAUCUGGGACGACAAAGACAAAGCCAGCAGAGGGCGCAUGCAUCUUUGGAACUGCCAGGAAAAUUCCAUUAAAAGAUUAAAUGUCAGGGAUUACGAUUUUCUAGUGGUUGAGAUUAACUGGGCGCCAUUGGAGAUCAACGGGUCGCUGUAUUAUAUAUACACUCUGGAUCCCUUUAGGGUGCUAAAAUGUGAGCCGUCCACGGGCGACUGUCAUUUUGUUGUGAAUGACAGUCCCGAUAACAACCGUUUUGAGUACAAUAGAGAACAUUUGCGCGGUGGGUCGCCAUUUUUAUUGUACAAAUGGCCUUAUUACAUAGGUAUGGCUCACUCUGUGAUCGUCUCUCAGACACCCAAAGAGAACUUUGGCAUAUACAACACGCACCUUGUCAUCAUAUCAGUUGAACCAACAUUCCGUAUAGUAUAUGUCAGCGCUCAAAUCCAGUUCAAGGAAAAAUUUCUGAACCAGUUUCCGAUUGCGCGCCCAUACGCGCAGAUGAGGCCUUUCGUUUUCCCGGUCGGUAUAAUAUUUAGAAACGAUGACGUCAUCGAUGUUGGUGCUCACUUGAACGACAAUAGUGGUUACGUCAUACGCUUGCGAGGGAUAAGAACGUUGGUGCGUGAUGCCAUUGCUUUAGACAAACACCAUGGACGUAGAAGUAGACCCUCGCCUUUAGUUGUCAACGGAUACGUGAGAUCACGGCUAAAGAGUGCAAAUCGAGAUAUGACGUUCAAAGGAGAAGAAUUUUACAAAGAUCUGGGCCACUAAAACUGUCGGCACUAAUUUCAAAACGAGCGAAUGGAAUGUUUGUGAUGCGUAUAAAUCCAGUAUUUACACUGUGGCAUUUUUUCACUGUCUCUUCUUUAAUGGUGAUGAAAGGUUAGCUGUUUCUUGAAGAAUAAAGUGUGUUCUGUUUAUGCCUUGGGGCGAAACGUCAAACCUCGUAGGUAAAAACAAGCUCAGCUUCUUCACAAACAAGUUUCUUUCUUGCCACUAUUCAUACUGUUAGUUUUUGUUUGAUGAGUUAUUUUUUUCUUUGCACAUUUGACACUGUCAGAGGAUUAUUAUUAUUAUUAUUAUUAUUAUUAUUAUUAUUAUUAUUUGUUUGUUUGUUUGUUUGUUUGUUUGAUUAAGAUGUGAAUUAUAUAUUUGAACAUAAGGAAGGUCAGUCGACAAAUUUCCAGUGGCAUUAAGAAAUCUCAUGUGAUAAUCUUACAAUUUAAAAGUAAGGUUACUUAAAAUAAUGGAUAUCGAAUGUAUCAUUUGAAAUACUUUACUAGCUGAAAGGUACAAGAUGAUCACUAAAUUUUGUUUGUUGAUUUGCUUGUGUUGACACAAUGAAGUAUAUGGCUACAUUUAGUUAAAUUAUGUAAUAAUAAAUCUCAAAUGCGCGUUGUUUGAAUUG